UCACGAAAAUCCAGUUGAAAGAGAGGGAAGAGAGGUCAAAAAAAUGUCUGCAGUCUGCAAUUGACACAUUUGACAUUAAAAAUUCGCAAAAUUGCAAAAAAAGGCGAUUUGUUUGCUUUUGUAUGUUGUGCUUCCAAUUUCGUAGACCUGCGAGUGGACAUACCGUUUUCGAUCAAAUCGAUUUCUAAACGACAGCAAUAGCGAAAAUUGUACCACACAUGAAUCAAUUCGGUUGUCAUUCAAACUAAAGAUUGCUCAUCGUUGCAUUAAUUCGAAUAAAAGAGAACAACAACAAGUCAACCAAAUGGCAUCAUCAACAGGAGGACCACCCGAUUCUAAGAAACCGUGCAAAGGAAUUUUGAAACCUUCCAGUUCUUUUGACAAGCAUACUGUUGCUGGGAAUAGGAAAAGUGCAAAAUUCGAUGAAAUAAAUGUGCUGCAAACAUACCAUCCGCCCGAUAAAGACUACGGUCACAUGAAGAUUGAAGAGCCGAAAACUCCGUACCGUGUUGCUGAAGGAGAUGAGGACAGCAUUGAUCAAUUGGAUUUUGAACUGCUAGCAAAGAAGUUGGAGGAUUGCCGAUCACAAGAAUUAUCCAGUUCUGACGACGAGGAAGAAAGCCCCGAACAAAAAGUGAAACGAAACGAAUUCGAGAAACGACGAAAGAUCCACUACAAUGAAUUCGAUGCCGUUCGCCGAGCAAGACAAUUAAUCGAAGAAGAAGAUGAUGAUGAUGACGACAGUGAAGGCGAAAGCAGUCGAACACAGUGUAAUUAUGUGGAUAGUAAUUUGGACGAUAAUACAAUGGACGUGGAUGAUAAUAACAAGCAAUCGACAUCUUCAUCGUUAGGUCAUUGAAUCGAACGAACAGAUGAAACAAAAAGGAACGGGCAACCAGCGAGAGAAAAACAAAAAUUAAUUGAUGAAAAUUUAAUGGACAUGAAUAACAGUGGACUAAAGUUUGAAAAUUAAAUUGCCGGAACGGUAGAAAAUCACACAACCAAUAAGGAUUUUUUUUUAAAUUGACAAAAAAAAAAUGAAAUUGUGCUUCGGUGGCGAAAUGAUGGUGGAAUUAUAUAGUGGGCAUUCUGUUUGCGUUGACUGAUAUAUGUAACUGUAAGGAAAUAAUUUAAUAA